GCGCAUGCGCCAAGCCUGUCACGACUCGGACGCUGCUGCAGCUUCUCCAGGUAAAACAUGGCGAUGAAGGCGCUCAGAGGGAUGGUGAACGGAGCCAUGAGCGAGCUGUCAUCGGCCGUCAGCGGCAGCAAACCGACGGGACCCUCGGCCGCCAGCGCCGCCGCCGCCCGGGAGCAGGCGAUGGCCGUGAGCCGGGAUUACAUCUCCCAGCCGCGCCUCACCUAUAAAACGGUGUCUGGCGUCAACGGCCCCCUGGUGAUUCUGGACCAGGUGAAGUUCCCCAGGUACGCAGAAAUCGUCCACCUCACGCUGCCGGACGGCACCAGGAGGAGCGGCCAGGUUCUGGAGGUGACGGGCUCCAAGGCCGUGGUGCAGGUGUUCGAGGGAACGGCAGGCAUCGAUGCCAAGAAGACGAGCUGCGAGUUCACAGGAGACAUCCUGAGGACGCCCGUCUCCGAGGACAUGCUGGGUCGCGUGUUCAACGGCUCGGGGAAACCCAUCGACAGGGGACCGGCGGUUCUGGCGGAAGACUUCCUGGACAUCAUGGGCCAGCCGAUAAACCCCCAGUGUCGCAUCUACCCUGAGGAGAUGAUCCAGACGGGCAUAUCUGCCAUCGAUGGCAUGAACAGCAUCGCCAGAGGCCAGAAGAUCCCCAUCUUCUCUGCUGCAGGGCUGCCACACAACGAGAUCGCAGCCCAGAUCUGCCGACAGGCCGGUUUGGUGAAGAAGUCCAAAGACGUGAUGGACUACAGCGAGGACAACUUCGCCAUCGUGUUUGCAGCCAUGGGGGUGAACAUGGAGACGGCCCGGUUCUUUAAGUCCGACUUUGAAGAGAAUGGGUCCAUGGACAACGUGUGCUUGUUCCUGAACCUGGCCAACGACCCCACCAUCGAGCGAAUCAUCACGCCUCGUCUGGCUCUGACGGCAGCCGAGUAUCUGGCCUAUCAGUGUGAGAAGCACGUCCUCGUCAUCCUCACCGAUAUGAGCUCCUACGCCGAGGCUCUGCGAGAGGUGUCUGCAGCCAGAGAGGAGGUGCCGGGCCGGCGAGGCUUCCCCGGGUACAUGUACACGGACCUGGCCACCAUCUAUGAGCGAGCUGGGAGAGUGGAGGGACGCAGCGGGUCCAUCACGCAGAUCCCCAUCCUCACCAUGCCCAACGACGACAUCACUCAUCCGAUUCCUGACCUGACGGGUUACAUCACCGAGGGGCAGAUCUACGUGGACAGACAGCUCCACAACAGACAGAUCUAUCCUCCCAUCAACGUGCUGCCGUCUCUCUCUCGUCUGAUGAAGUCGGCCAUCGGCGAGGGCAUGACCCGCAGAGACCACUCAGACGUCUCCAACCAGCUGUACGCCUGCUACGCCAUAGGGAAGGACGUCCAGGCCAUGAAGGCCGUGGUGGGGGAGGAGGCGCUGACGGCCGAGGACCUGCUCUAUCUGGAGUUCCUGACCAAGUUUGAGAAAAACUUCAUCUCCCAAGGUGCCUAUGAGAACAGAAGCGUGUUUGAGACUCUGGACAUCGGAUGGCAGCUCAUGAGGAUCUUCCCCAAGGAGAUGCUGAAGAGGAUCCCUCAGAGCACCUUGGCCGAGUUUUACCCCCGAGAGGCCAAACACUGAGUGGGUCCGUGUCCGUCCUGGCGCCGUUCCCACUGUCGCUCGCAGGAAGAGGAGGAGCGGCCGCGUGGGCGCUUGUUACGCAGCGAAUGCAGACCGAGGGAGCGAUGCUGUUGUGUCUUUAUGUUCGUGUUUUAUUUAGUACCUCAUUCCUUCAGUUUGCAAAUUCUAAAGACGAGAAGCAGGCGGAGCUCAGCCGACUGUUCACAAAGGCCACCUCAUCACUGAAGUCUAGCAGAGCACAAGGUCCACAGUGCUGUGAGCUGAGUGAGGGCUGAUGCAGGGAUUUAAACCUGCAUCCUCCCUCACUCCUGAUGCAGCUUUGUCCGAAGGCAAAGGUUUAGUCCAAAGUCCAGUAACACACCAGCCUUGUGCGCUGCAGUUUCCAUGACCCGGCUGAGCUGUGGAGUGUUUUUGAAGCUUCCGCCGGCUUCUCGUCCUCCUCCUGGCUCUCGUCUCUGUCCUGGUACACAACACCACACUAAGCAUGUUCAAAUGACAUUUGUGAAGAGUUGUUGUGGUUUAAUGUCGUUCCCUGCAGCUUUUGAUGUUGUAGAUGCUUUAGAUUCUGACUGGUUGUGAUGACAAGUGUGAUGAAUAAAGUGUUUGUGUUAAUGUCUUAAAAUAAUAUAUUUUAACUGUGUGCAUAUGACUGAAUAUAUGAAUCAGUUUGCAUGCAUUGUUAAUGUUUCCUCUUGGUGCCUCACGUACAGUAUCAUAAAAUAAAGCUCUAUCAACAUUUA